CAGAAAAUUGUAAUUAAAAGAGGAGUAUUUUUAUAUAUAACACUAAAAUCAGGUUUCCAUUUGGUCUGGGCGAUCGUAACCAUGUUUAAGGCUGCAACUAGACUUGAUGGUACGAAGUAUUGCCAUAGCAGCUGCGCGGCAACAAUGAGAGCAACAAUGAGUAAAAUUAGCAGCAAAAGGAGAUAGCAAUGACAAUUCUGCCAAGGCAUACCUGCGAAAUACAGUGUAUAGUGGUCUAUACAUCCUAUUUUAUGUGAGAUUAAAAAUUAUAUAAAAAUGACAUAUACUAGCUACCAGAUAAAAUCUUUUAGAAUGAACAUGGGUGGGUGGGUCGGGAAAAGGUAUCGAAGCGCAAAACUUGCUGCAGCUAGGCAAAGCAUACAAUGGUAGAAUGAAUACCCAGACCGAAGCACUGAUCACAAGGCAUGAAACAACCCCCUUUGAUCGAUAUGACGUCACAGACUUCCCCGCAGCGGAUGUGGCCUGCAUAAUACAAACGCCGUUAACUGCUUAAUUUAAAUGUAUUUAACCACAUCAAGAGCUGAUGUAAUAAUACAUUGUCAAUUUAACUAGUCUGCAAUCCGUAAAGACUGAUUUGCAUACAGCACACACAAGACAAGAUGAAUCCAGACUAUUUCACAUCAGUGACCAUGAUUUAGUUGCAACAUUUACAACCAAAUGGAUACCAGGUUAUUAAGCAAAUUCCUUCAAGUUUAAUUGCAACACCCCCUGUCAUUUUCUUGAAAAAAUUUAAUAGCCCCCCUUCUAGUCAUUUCUACAUAUGCCCCCCUUAUUUUUUUCCUCCCCUCCCCCCUUCCAUAAUUAAUGACCGGUCCCUUAUUGUUAAAAUCGAGGAUGUCGUUAAAAUUAAACUUUAAAGCUGUAAGAUCUUCGGGAACAUUUUAUAUUAUGUUGUGUUUUACCAAAUAAUGUCCUUGCCCUUGCACGGUUCCCAUUUGUAAAAAACUGCUGUAAAUCAUAUCCCCCUUUAAUUAAUUUGAUCUCAUCCGUGAGUCGGCCUCGAAGGCCUUUGAUCUCUACUAGCAGGAUAUUAGCUAAUAUCCUGCUAGUAGAGAACCAAUCAGAGUGCAGAAUACCUCAUAUCCAAAACAAAGACUGCAUGAUACGAUAAAGAUGUGCCACUCGACGUAUUUCCCUAAUGUUUGCGUGUCCGUAAUUUUCCGUGCUGAUCACGAGUGGUCACCACUGAGCUAUAAUAUACCACUUACUGCCAAAAUGGCACCGAGACUGAUAUGACGAAUAUCAGUCUCUAUAUGACGCUAUAUGACGAAUUUGACACUUACUGGCAAAAUGGCGGCUAUAAAAAAAAUCUCGGACAUAAUUUUCGCAGAGUGGCACAUCUUUUAUAUCGUAUCUAAUCUUUGUCCAAAGCGUGAUAUCGAGAAUUAUCUUCCGAAGCCGAAGGCUGACCGAGGCCUUGAUAAUUCUCGAUAUCACGCAAAAAUCGAGCCCAAUAAUUAUUUUUUUACGCAUAAGAAUGACUAUUAAAGAAAAAUACUAUAACUAAUCAAAGCACAACCUCGUACCCAGGAUCUUUCUAGAGACCCUGGGAACGAGGUCACAUAUGAUAGAUAAUACCAGAUGUCUCACUCAGCCAAAAUUGUGUCCGCGAAUUUUUAUGAGCACGCGUUGACCUCCAUUUUGGCAGUAGUGUAAUCCACGCCAUGAAACGUGAGCAAUCACCACUGAGCUAUACUAUAUUACUGGAGGACCUGCUCGGGAUAAAAAAGUGUCCGCAAAAACAUGGCGGAUCUUACGCCAUUUCCAUGACAACACUUACUUUAUUUUCAUGGUAAUUGCCACUGACCAACCGCGAUCCUAAGCUUUCGAAGAUAUUCUUAACCCCCCUGGUUUUUGCACAGAUAUAUUUAAAAUAAUAGUAAAUAUAAAGAUAUUUCAAGUUUUCUGUUGUUUUUGAGCAAAAAUCUUAAUAUUUCCAUCGCACAUUACUUGUUUUACAACGCCAGUUUGCUUCGCUUGUGGAUGCAGCACUUUACUACAAAGAAACUAAAAAGAAAGACUAAUUCUUUCAGGUAAGAUUCACGAAACUUUUUUAUAUUAAACUUUCUAGACGACUAGCUAGUCACAGAGUGAGACUCUGAGUCGGUCACUAGACCCUUCAUAUAUUAUGUCAAAAACUCAUCAUCCUAUUAAUAUCUACAGCAAAUAUUUCAAUAGGGACAUAAAAAUAUUGUUAAUGAUUAAAUAUUGCAUGUGUACUACAUGAAAUUAUGUUGUUUUCAGUGUCAGCACUGGCCUUUGUGGUUUUAUUGCCAGACAGAGACUGCCAGUUUUUAAUUACUUGUAUAAAUUGUGGUUGUUUACAUGUUCAUAAAGGUUUAAUAUGGUGUGAAAUUUAUAUACUUGCCCAUCAUAAUGCAGAAUUAAUAUAUAUAGAUAGCACAAGAGUCCAGAGAGACUUGAGUAGAGGAGGCCCACUUACAUUUGAUAAUGUGCCCUAUCCUGAUGAGCAGUGCCUUUUUUAACUAUAUAUCUGGGGGGGCAAUUGCUCCCCUAGGGAAAGAAUCCCCCCCCCAGUAAAGCCAUUUCUGCCCCCGAAGUGCGAAGCAGAAUUGCUCAUGAUUGCUGUCAGAAUUGCAGUUGAUUUACUUGAUAAUGAGAUUAUGCCCUUCCAUAGCCUCAUCCACAGCCAUCUUGUGUGUAGUUCAUAUUAUUCUUCACCGAGUAUUUCAUAAUAGCGAUAGAUUUCAUGCAAACAAUCCGAUAAAAUGCUAGCCUUUCCAAGCCUUGCGACUAUUUCCUAGCACUCUCCUCCGCAGAGGCAUGCGUUUUGGCAUGCGUUUAGCAAUAAAGGCGAAGAGACGACUUGCGCUUACGUUAUAUUACCUUGCAUCCACAGCGGAAUAUAAAACAAUAGCAACCUUAUUCGGAGUUUCCCGAUCGUUUGUGUGUGUUUGCAUUAGGGAAGUAUGCUGUGCCAUUACCAAACGACUGUCAAAGGUCAUUACAUUUCCACGCGGACAAGAUUUACGGCAAAUUAUUGAUGGGUACGAACAAAAGUGGGGGUUUCCGAUGUGCGCGGGGGCGAUUGACGGCACUCACAUCCCAAUAAUCGCACCUACUGAGAGCCAUGUAGAAUACGUCAAUAGGAAAGGCUUCCAUAGUAUAGUGAUGCAAGCUUGUGUUGAUUGUAACUACUUGUUUCGCGAUGUUGUGGUUGGUUGGCCUGGAAGCGUUCAUGACGCACGGGUUCUUUCCAAUUCUGCAAUUUACAAGCAAGGAAACGAAGGCAAACUGUUCCCCACAGACCUCACAAAAGAAAUAAACGGAGAAGAAAUACCCCCAGUCAUAAUAGGAGAUCCCGCGUAUCCAUUGUUGCCUUGGCUCUUGAAAGGGUUUCCUAUGAAAGGUGUUUUAACUAGAAAACAAAGAGUAUUUAACUAUCGCUUAAGCCGUUCCCGAAUGACGGUUGAGAACACAUUUGGCAAGUGGAAAGGCCGCUUUAUUAGAUUUAUCAAGCGUGUUGAUAUGGAGGUAAAAAACUUGGUUAUUAUUGUCUUAGCGUCGUGCAUUUUACAUAACAUUUGUAAAGUGCAAAAUAACAACUUUCUGCCACAGUGGGAAGAAAAUGUUAACCUGCAAGAACUUGCAGUGCCAACCGAUGACGUAGUAGAAGAAGAUGGAGAAGACAUUCGAGAAAUAUUAGCUGAGUUUUUUAUGUCAGGAUAAAAGAUUCCAAACCUUUUAUAUCGCGAUCAAAACAUGAUUAGUAAAGUUACACUGUAAAAUGCAUCAUACCAUUCAUGUUGUUGUAAAUUCAUGUUAUAUUUAAGUUUAACAAUGUUUAAAUGAAACAUGCACUUCCACAGUUAUAUGAGGUUGGGUUGCAGGGGACAUAGGCGUACGGGCAGGAAAAAGUUAGGGGGGCGGAAUGAAAUUUACCCGACUUUUCCGCAUUUUGCCCGACUUACUGCUACAAAUUUUCGUCGAACUUCCCCCCCCCCCCCGUACUCCUAUGGCAGGGGAGGGCAGUUGUUCCUCUUAAUCUUCAAGUUUGGGCAAAUAAAUGAAAAGUAAUGUUGUUGAAAAACGUAAGAUCCAAGAGUAAUCACAUGCCAGCCUUCCCCUGACGUAUGGUGUACACAUGCACUUAUGACUUAUGAGACUUUUGGUAUAAACAAUUAAUAUCAAUACAUUAUGUAUUGUUCAACAUACUUUAGUUAAAUACAAUUUCUAACCCUUUUAACCCAACAGACAUAUUGUAAAUGUCUGUAAUAUAAAUUGCAUUACAUUUCCAAUACUGCAGGUAAAGUUGUAAUGACUUUAGGAACAUAACUCAAAAGCAUCAAGUCAUUAUUAGUAUAAAGUAAAUCUAUACUUUCAAAAACAAGAAAGAAUCUUUUAUAACUUGAAAUAUGUUUUUUCUUCAUCAUCAUUGUGAUUAAUGUAGCUGCAGCCUGGAGUUUCACUACUGUUACAGCCAUUUCCAAAGACCUGUUGUUGAACUGUAGCAUAUGGUUGGGCAUACAUUAUAGAUGUACUACCUAUUGGCUGAGUGUUUUGAGUGGUUUGGUUUUCCAACAACAAACGAAACUAAACAUCUUCAACUCAUGCUCUCUUUCCUGUUUUCUUCUUUCAUUCUCAAGAUGCAUUUGCUCCAUUUGAAAUUUGUGCUCUUUUUCUAAUUGAAACUCUUCAAGCUUUUUAUAUCUACAGUACAAGAUAAAUUUUUAAUGUCUCAUUACUCAUUCAUGUUUGUAAAAGAUUUGUAGUUAAAACUGAAGAUACAUCUGUAGGGUAGAUUCAGUAUCACGUACCUCUCUGAAUCAGUGAAACAUUGAAGCAUUAUCCUAUGUCAAUUAUGCCUAGCAAUAUCUAGUAAAUAUGCAUAACAUUUAGUAUAUCUAAAAGGUGAAUAUACCUUUCAAAAUCAUCCUUUGUCACUGACUUGAAUUGUUCCAGUGCAGCAUCAAUGUUUUUUUCUACAGCACUCUUUCUUUUUUUCCUUUGUAUCUUUCCUAUGUCAGGCUGUGGGCAACCUGCAGACUGUUUCUUGCCAUCAGCUUUUUGCUUAGCAUCACCUUUUUUGGUCAGAUUCAGCCUUUUGUUCAGCUUCAGGCAGUUUCUUAGUUUGAGAGUGUUGCUUGGCUUCAGGCUGCUGGCUAGUUUUAGACUGUUGGUUCACUUCUCUCUCAACUAAAAAAAGUUGCAAGUGGCCAAAGAUAACAAUUAUGCUUUAAAUCAAUUUUGUAAAUAAAUAUUUCUUAGCAAGAGCACAAAUUUUGUUAUUUUGUAACCCCUGUCAAAGGUAAUGUCACAAAAUGCAAUGGACUUAAUGCUAUGAUGGUAAUUAAAUGACAGAAAUUAUUCCUUACUACUAGUAUUGUCAACGUCACUUGAAAUGUCACAGUUUGGACAGGAAAAUGUUUCUUCUUCACAAUAGACCAUCAAAGAGCCACCUUCUGUGGUAUGGACUCCAUCAGAGUAAAUGAUUUUUUCAAAAGCACAUGUCUGACAUUUUCUGACAGAAUGUUCACCUUCACCAUACUUACUGACAAGACCUUCAGGAGUAUAUAAAAAAAACUUUUUAAGGACAAGAUUAUGGUGUCAUUUCACAGGAUAUUUUUAUACAUUACAGAAUUUAAAAUGUGUAAUUGCAAUGUUCUAGUAAAAAUAUAGUCAUAAUAUGAAAAUAUUACUAGAAAUACAUGCAUGCAAUAACCCCUCGCCUGUUUUCAAAAGAUGUAUACUCAGUGCCGUUGCGAGCACUUCGUCUGAGGGGGUGUGUGAGGUUAGAUAGGGGGAGGGGGUGGUUACCAAAAUGUUUCCAGAUGUACAAAAAAUUUUCAGGACAUAUAAUAAUUUUUCCGAAAAUACAGUUGUUUUCCAAAUUCUCUUUCUCAUGUCCUGAGAAUUACCUGAAUUCCCCUGAAAAUCUUCUGCAAAUCUACUUAAAUUUACCUAAAAGUGCACUGGAAAUCUACCUGAAAUUCCUCAUGAGCAAUUAUCAGGGGUGUUGCACCCCCCCUCCCCCAGUGAGUUCCAAGCAAACACUCUCUGAUUUAUUGUUCCUGUAUUUCACCUCCCAAAAUAUUGUGCAUCAUACUAUAGAGCAUUUUGCUGUUGUCAUGCUCUAGCAUGGUUCAAAUUUAUGAAUUUUUAUUAUAUAAAGUAUAGUGUUUUACAGAGUUUUCGAGCACUGACAAAAAUGAUAAUCUCAGAUGUGAAAUUAUUCAUGAUAAUCUCACAUGUAAAAAUUUAUCGCCUUUUCAAUUAUUGCUUUUCUGUAAACAUUAUCGCUUUUCAUUUAAGACUGUCCUUUAUAUAAUAAACAGAAAAAUACAUGGGUGGUUGGAAAUACCAGAUUUAUUUUUCGUGUUGAACAUGACAUCUCACUUGUUCGCUGCGCUCACUUGUUCGCUGCACACUCAUGUUCAACACUCGAAAUAAAUCUGGUAUUUUGUGCACCCAUGUAUUAUUCUCUAUUUAAACUACAACUUGACUGGUUUAAAUUAUUAUCAAGUUAUCAGUGAUUGUAAAAGUUGCAGAUAGAAGUGUUUUGUUUUAUAUUAUUAUCAAGUUAUCAGUGAUCGCAAAACCUCCAAAUCCUUAAUUUCAAAUGUUAGAAUGUUAGGGUUUGUAAUCCAAGUGAGAAUAUAUACAUUUUAAGACCUAACCAGGAACGACUGCGAAAAAUGCAGCACAAGGUCCUUUGGUAGGAAUUGAACCUACAGCCCUGCGAUUCCGGUGCAGCGCUCUAACCAACUGAGCAUGAGCUACAGAGGCCAGCUGUUGAGCUUUAACGUAAGUUCAUGUAUAUUUAGGUAAUGGGGUGUGUGGGUUAUGAUAAGGUGGACUUCAAUAAUUUGGAUUCUUGCACUUCACUUGGUGGAUUAAUAUUAGAAUGUUAGGGUUUGUAAUCCAAGUGAGAAUAUAUACAUUUUAAGACCUAACCAGGAACGACUGCGAAAAAUGCAGCACAAGGUCCUCUGGUAGGAAUUGAACCUAUGGCCCUGCGAUUCCGGUGCAGCGCUCUAACCAACUGAGCUACAAAGGCCAGCUGUUGAGCUUUAACCGUAAGUUCAUGUAUAUUUAGGUAAUCGGGUGUGCGGGUUGUGAUAAGGUGGACUUCAAUAAUUUGGAUUCUUCAGGGGCGGAUCUAGGAUUGUUCGUACCUCAGUCAAAAAUUUUUGGCGGACGGGGCGUUGUCGGCGCUGGGCGUGGUCUCGACUGGGCGUGAAACACGUAUUUAUAUUAAAUUUAAAUUGAUAAACUCAAACGAACAUUUGAUUCUUAUCCAUUGUAAGAAAAACUACAAAUGCACAAAGAUAUAUUGAUCCUAUUUCAAUACAAAAUUUUAUGGAUAUGUUACUACGAUAUAAUACGUUUAAAACUCAGCAGCAAUUUAACAUGUUUGCCUGUGGAUUAAGAAUCGUCGUCAUAUUGGUACUAUAUGCUUAUAAGUGUAUCAUUGUAAAACUUGUAAAAUCAUAUGGCAGCAAAUGCAUUAAGGAAAUGUACUGUUCUGUUACCAAAAACACAGAACUAUACAAAUAAUUGCCAGUAGCCUCAAAUCCAAAAAAAAACAACCAAAUAUUCAUUAACUAAGUCAAACACUAGUACAUUAACAAGAUAUAAAGAUGUUAGGUCAAAUAUUAGUAAACUAGUAACAUCAGAAUGGCUACUAGUCAAUGAGCUUUUCAAGCUAGCUUGUGAAAUAUUUCACAUCAUCAUGUUACACCAGACCAAUGCGGUCGUCUAUUAAAACAAGCCAUGUCGAUAGGCUAUGGACAAACAAUAUUCUAUAAGGCCGACAUGUUGUGUGAUCGAUGCAUAAAUAUAAAGAAAUCUUAAAUAAAACUUCACUAUAAACAUGAGAAACAACAAAUGCUUACAUUGUGGACACUGAAUAUAACAUAUUUUAGCUUCUUGACGCGAGAAUUAUGCUAAUACAGCAUAGCGAAUAUUAAAAUAUCAUAUGUCAAACAAUCAUUAAUUAACAACACCGAUAGCUUUGGUACUCCGGUUUAAUAUAAACUAAAGAUACAUCACUAUAAAACCAUAAAUUUCUCUACCUUAUUGCAGUGCAAGCUUUGUCUUUCUUAUCUCGAACAUACUUCGGAAUGUAGCUCUCUUCGCCAAAAUUUCGAGCGAGGCUUCUGCUUGUGUUGUUGAUGGCGCUCAGUAGCUAGUCAGCAGAAUUCGUCCGUGAAGCAUCGAUAUCCUUCUCAAGUUCCGUAUACAAACGUUUUAGAGAUUCCAAAUAGUUUGCCGCAAUCGCAAACUGAACAUUGUCGAAAAUGUUUCCAGAUAUCGCUGGUAGAGAUCGCUCGUAAAAAUAGUAAAAUUUCGCACAUGCCAGACGUUCGAAAUAGUAAACACUCAUGAACACCAAAAGCCGUGUUGACGAAUACAACACGCUGCGAAUCCGUCGAAAAUAUAAGCCAAUGACAGUGCAGAAUUUUUUUAAAUGGUUCAAUCAGAAGGCUCAUACAGAGCCCCUGAAUCUGCAAAUCCGCCAGGCCUCCCCACAGAUCCGUCGCAAAUGGCCGUAACCAUGGAAAUGAGCGUGUCAGCCAAUCAGAUAGCCGGAUUCAACCCCCGAAUCCGUCAACAUUCAUGCGUAAGACCGCUGUUCGUGACUGAAUAAUAUUACUUUGCCGAAGCUCUGCCGCAGCAUGAAACGUAUAACUGGACUACGAUUUAAAAUUUUAAUAACUCGAUCUACUGGCCGCCACAGAUAGCUGGAGUCGAAUAUUUUUUAAUUAAGCAUGCGAAAGGCUGAUUUUUUAGAAUAAAAUGAAUAGUUAAACGGCUUAAACUAAACCAAAUUGUCUGAAAUUUUGUACAGUAAUUAAAAACCGAACAAAAUUUCCAUCUAUUAACUCAAAAUAUGAUUAAAACUUUUAAAUUUUGUGCGCGAGCCAUUUUUGGUUUGUUGGAAAAGACACCCCCCCCCCUGGUUCACCAAAUUUGAGUUUGAGAAUUUUUUUCAUUAUUCUACAUUAUAAGUACCCAAAGAAGCUAUAUAUAUAAGAAAGGGAUACAAAUAGGUGUUUUGCGAAAUUGAGAGCGAUUUCAAAUCUGUUCAAAAUAUUAUUUACACUGCAAACAAAAUAAAUUAAUAAAAAUAUGUUUAGUCCAUAAAAAGUAUCUUUGGUCCAUAUCAUUAAUAGUAAUCUAUAAUAGUAAUAAUCAGUAAUCGUACGUGAUAUAUGUUUUAACAAAGAAAAGAUAAUAAUAAUAAUAAUAAUAAUAAUAAUAAUAAUAAUAAUAAUAAUAAUAAUAAUAAUGGAAACGUUAUUUAUUGAUUAUUAAGAUAUAUAAUUACAAAGAUAAACCUCACUUUACAGGUAGCUCAUCAAUGUCUACUUGAAUUGAUACUAGUCCAAUAUAUUUAUUAUACAAUAAUUAUUUUAAGGCGGAUUAUAUUGACAUUAGUUUUCGGUCAUCCCACACACCUUGUUUCGUUUACAGAAUAUAUAAUAUGAUGUUCGUAUGCACAUGUUCACGAUUUUCAUUUUUAUGUAUUUACAAAAUUUGGCAUCACAUUUAAGGCCUCUUAGCAUGCCAUCGAAAUUUUCAGAAGAUCGGUCAAAAACUCCGAGGGUACUCAGGGAUAAAUUGACGAACUUGACUUUAUUAUAAUCUGCUUUCUGCUCAUUAAUUAGAUCGCGGUACUUUUGACGGUUUCAUUGCACACCUCGCUCAACCAAUCGGCAGUAAUAUCCCGAAUCUCAUUGUGACGAAUAAUUGUCAUACCACCAUGUGGACAGAUCAUGGCAUGAUCUGUUGAGAGAUUUACUCCGCACAGACAAUGUUGCGCAACAUUUUUCAACUGCCAAUUAUAUCUUAGGCAUAAAGCGUCCCGAAGUUCACUUUUGUUCAAAUUAAAACCAUGUUCUUUUAAUGGAAGAACGGUAAGCCAAGAUGAAGCGCCUUUUUCGUUUAACAAAUCCAUUGUCCGUUGUUUUGUAGCAGGUAAACUUUCUCUAAUAAUUUUGGCCUUGUUUGCAUGAUGAUUUGCUUUCUGUUGACGUAGCUUCGCUUUAAUUUCACACAAAUCUGGUUUUCUGUACGAAUCCGAUUGCUCGAUUAUCGUUUUCUUCAAAGGCUCAGUGAUCUUUCUAGAUGCAUUAAGUUGCAGACUAACUUCUUCGACUGGAUUUAUGAUAUUCAGACCUCCAUAUCUUGUUGGCAGCGACAGCAACUUUCUUUCUUCAAUGGAACAAUGACUUCUGCACGUAAGUCCUGGAAUAAAUUUCUCGGUUAUGAUAUCUUCAAUUGGUUGGAAAAACUGUCCAAUAUUAUCCACUGUCCGCAUGAUAAACUGCCACUUUCCCUUUAUAGAAUGAAUAAAGGCUGCGUAUGCUGCAUGAGAAUAUAUUUCUGCUAUCUUAACCAACGCUUCUAUUUCCUCUUUCCACAUCUCUACUUUAGCUGCAACAUAUUCAUGAAGAAAACUGGGUGUACCGACUGCUGCGCCGAGAAGCUGUUCAGGGGUGCAAGAGUAUUCAGAUUUUAACCGUGUCUCAAUCUCACGCUAUUCUAUCAAGUUGCUAACAAUUUUAAAAAGUAGCGAAUAGCGAUUCGCUGUUUGAAAAGUAGUCAACUACUUGGCUACUUAAUUUUAGGCAAAAUAUAGUUCGCUAUAACUACAACUACUGUUUUUGAAAAAGUAGUCAAAAACUACUGGCUACUUGAAAAUUAUAGUUUGCUACAGUAGCGAACUACAACUACUUCGCUACAACCCACCCUUGGAAAGAAGGCCACGUUUAUCAGCGGGAGAAAUCAAACGGACGCCUUGAUGAACCUUCCCUUGCAACAUAGGACGACUAAACCCACGCGUAAUCUUCUCAUAUUCAAACGGCAUAUUCGUUUGAGAAAUUAAAUGACUUUGAAUACAUUUCCCUUGAUUAACAAGUGCUUUUAUAUCGCCUUUUAGCCAUUGUUUCAACCGUCUUUCUAAAUAGUAGACAUGAUCUUUUGUCUUACUUUUAACAAAAGGCUUUUGUAAUGAUAACGAUUGCAUGACCGAGCACGCUUUCAAGGCAAUACAUUCUAGCGGGCUAGUAUCAGCAAAGGCUUGAUAAAUUCUUGCUAAUUCUUGUAUAAAUGACUUUCCAACUCUGCCCGAUGGCACUAGAAAGACAUUACGUCUCCAAUGAACAAUUUCUUCGUAUGCAUCAUUUACCAUAUCGCAAAAGUCGGUUCCACAUGGGAAUGGGAAUUUCAGGGAAUUUCGUUCCACAUGAAAAUCUGCUCAUCCUCGCGCACAUAAUUAGCUCCCUCGUUCUGUGCCAUGUCAUUAUUUUCACUGAUGUGUAUGGCUUCAUUGAUUUUUAUAGUGUUUUAUAAUCUAUUGGGAGUUUCCGAUCGGUCUAAUUGGCUUCUUUCAAUGCAAAUUUCUGCUGUGUUACAUAUCUCGUCAACAACAACUGGGUGUAAACGUUCAACGUUUUCUUGAACAACAUCGAUUUGUUAUUGGUUUAACUCAUUAUUCGUUUUAGUUCUGCUAGCAUCACCAGGUCGUUGUUUCAUCUCAUAACGAACCACCGUAUCUCGCAAAUUCUGAGCCGUUAGACCGGGCGAGAAGUACCCUUUCUCGUCCCAUAGUUGUUUCAUAAUUUCAUAUAUCCGUAUCGCUCUGCAAUGGAUGUUUCGUUAAGUCUACUAGUCUCCACUGCUCUUGUACGACAUUUGAAAAGAUCAUUUAUCAUCAGCUCCGUCCAUUUUAUUCUCGAGUACUUCGUCUUUCUCUUUGGAGGCAUUUUUAUCUUGCAACAUAUACGUAAAAAAUCGCCCGCCCAAAGAUAGGUCUUACCCGUACGAUAUCUUAAUAAUAAAUCAAUAAUAAUAAUAAGAAGAAGAAUAUGAACAAGAAGAAGAAGUAGAACAAGAAGAAGAAAAGGAAGAAGAAGAAGAAGAAAAAGAAGAAGAAGAAGAAGAA